GCAACAACAGUCCAAGAGACCACAGCGCAGCGCCAACGCCGCCGAACGCACCCACAACCAUGACCCCCUCCAUGAUGGCCACUCGCAACGCGUUCCCGCUCAACACCCCGGCGACGCUCAUGUACGUGCGCGAGAAGACCAGCAGCGACGCGACCAAGACCGACUUCGUCACCGCAUCAGAGCCCCGCGACUCGACGGGGGCCAAGCUGUCGCGCAAGAUGAAAGAGCUGUUCGGGAGCAGCAAGAGCCAAAAGCAAGCGCUGAGCCCCUCCGAGCAGCGCGAGAGCAGGAAAGAGGCGCAGCGACGGCACAGCUCUGCACCAAGCCUCACACCGCCGAAGAUGAACGCCCACACGCGCUUCGCCCUGCCGAUGAACACGCACGGCAACCUCAAGUACCUGACCGACAAGACUCUGGCCAACGCCGACCGCGCCGACAGCCAGCCCACCAACAAGCCCACCACGGUCACUAGGCCGAGACGCGACUCGUCCGCCUCGAAGCUCGCGCAGAAGAUGAAGAUGCUCUUCUCGGACAAGAACGCGAAGACAGCAGCGCCGACGCCUGAGGAAGAGGCCGCGGCGAACGAGAGGAAGCGCUCGACUAUGUGCCGGCUCCUCGGCGCGCACGCAUUCGAGCACAUGGGCCGUCGUCGCUAUGCGCACUCCGCGGCUUCCUUCGCGCCCUCCCGCCCCAUGGUCGCCGCCGUGUCCGUCUCGCUGUCGGCGGGGCCUCGCACCACGCGCAUGACGACGCGCACCGCCCCAAGAAGCGCCGCUUCGUCCCGCUCCGCCGCAUCCUCCAAGUCCUCGACGUCGUCCUCGGCGCCCUCCGCCGCCCCAGCGCGUCGCCGUCCACGCACCGCGUCCACCGCCGGACCGCUCAAGGGCGUCGUGGCCAUGGUGGACGUGCGCGUGGGAGCCGACGCGCAGAUCGACUGCAGCGACGUCGUGGCGCGCAAGCUGCGCGAGCUGGGCGCGUCCACCGUCAAGCGCUUCACGCCCAAGCUCACGCACAUGGUGCUGAGCCACUUCACGCCCGUGUGGAAGACCAAGAUCGCCAAGUGGCAGGCGGGCGGUGGCUCCAUGGCGGCCGCGGCCACGCGCUACGAGCUCAAGAUUGUGUCGCAGCUAUGGGUCAACGCCUGCUACGUGAGCAAAAAGCGGAUGGACGAGCGCCCGUUCUUCCCCGUGAGCCAGCAGAACACAGUGGAGGCAGCCGUGAAUACAGCCAAGCCCAAACUUAAGAGGCGACAGUCGCUCGGCGCGGACGCGCCCAAGGCGGCGGACGGAGCCUCGGAGACGCGGGAAGUAGAUAACGCGACAAAGACGACGAACACCAAGAAAACAGAUGCUGAAAUUAAUGACAACGUAGCGCCGCCUUCGACGCCGCCGCCGAAGAUUAACAAGGCACUUAAUGGAGCGAAACGGAAGCGGCGCGCGCACUCGAUGGAGCCCAUGACGUCGGAUGCUAUAUUGAAAAUGCUGGGUACGACAGAGCAAGUGCCCCAGACGAUAGUGUUGACUACGCCGACCCAGCCUAUUCGACAAAAGAAAUUGAGCUCGUCGGCAAAGCGGAGAAAGACGUUGAACGGACCGCCGACACAACAUGAUGAGGACGAAAUCACAGCGUCGCAGGCGAGUGGAAUUGUGGCUGAGAGCGAGUCGGAAAACGAACUGGAGGAGGAGGCAGAAGCACGGAGGAACGAGGUGAUUGUGAUUAAGCCUGCUGCGAGAAAAGCUGCACGGAAGCUUCCAACGUCAGCAACUCCUUCUAGUGCCGUGAAGAUGACGCAGAGCGCCGCAAAAAAGCGAGCUCGUCCUCCAGUUUCCCUCAACACUUUAACGACCCCAGUUGUGAAGAAGGCUCGGCGUGAUAACAAUAAGGAGAAUACUGUCGACGGCAAGCUCAUGGGAACACCAGGAUCAGUCUCGGGGUUCAGCAGGAAAUAUCGGGACUUAGACUCAACCCCCAUUCCCAUGGCGAUGAGUUUUUCUAGCACAUCCAGCAGAACGACACCACGCAAGAUUCCGCGCAACGUCAUCGGUAUUACGGGGGUUGGUCCAGAGGCGCGUGGGGUUCUUCAGUGCGCUAUUCACGCUAUCGACGCCAACAUGGCUAAUGAAGACGGACAUCGUAAAGUGCGUGUGGUAAAGAGUGUGGACUACGCGGCUGGCGUAACGCACCUUAUCGUGGGGAAGGAUGCAAGACGCACCAUUAAGGUGCUCUUCGCAAUUGCUCGUGGCGCCUGGAUUGUGACUGAAGACUGGGCGUUUUCAUCGCUAGAACAGGAACGCUGGUUGCCGGAACAAGACUUUGAGCUGACGAUGUUCGCUAACAAAUAUUCUCGCGAGCACCCCGAAUCUCGGCAGAUUUUCAAGGGCAUGAAGUUUUUCGUCGGGUCUAACGUUGAGCCGUCUCGCGAAGUUCUCCAAUCUUUAAUCCAGGUUUCCGGUGGAGAGAUUUGCAAACAGAUAUCUGUAGCUGACAUUUGCAUCUGCGGUGAUGCUUCGCUGUUUCGGCGAGCCCAACGGAAUGGAAUGCGAGUUGUCACCUCCAAGUGGGUGUUUGACAGCAUCGCGACCAUGAAGCUCGAAGACGACGCGAAGUACACUUUUACCGACUCGUUCGGAGCCUUUGGUACGCCCGCUAAAACGCCCAUGAAAAAGCGUGCUGCGGCCUUUGGACUCGAAGCUCACUCCUCGGUGCCAGAGUGA